CGUACAGCUGAACAGUCUUAGAGGCAGUGGCAGUGGCAGUGCCAGGCACUGGUAGUGUUCAGUUCGGAAGUACUGUAGGUGUUAUUCUCGUACGCACUUGCAUCACAAUAUAAUUGACUGUUGUUACUACUGUAAAUAAUUUCCGUGUGGAAAACUGUGAUUGCGUCUGAAAUUAUAUUGUGUUGUGUAGUUGUAUGUGUUACUAUUGGGUAGAAGAGUUCAAUGAAAUAAAUACAAUGUAAAGAGAACCUCCUUCCAUUGUUUGAUCAAGUGUUUUCGUUCUCCUCACUAAAAUUAUCAGUGAUAUUCCUUUCAAUAAUGCAAAACAUAAUUCUUUCUACGACUAUUUUAAUCCAUCCCUUUACGUAAUAAUCAGGCAUCAUGCCAAAGAAACAUUCUUACAAAUCAAGUAUUUGGCAUACAAAAUGUCCACUUGGAAGGUGAUGUAAGAGCAUAGUGCACAAUGCGAGUGGCAGAGCCCUUCUCACUACUACUGCUGCUGUUGUGUGUGCGUGCGUGUGUCUGUGUAGAGCACCACACUCGCCACUCUGUGCCUAAGUAUCUUACAUUAUGUCCUACAAACUGCGAAUGCAUAAUCAACAACCACUACACAGAGACUGUUGAUGUCACUUGCCAAAAUCGAACCAACAUCGGAAUCAAACUACCUCCAUCUGUAUCUAGCCUCUCUUAUGUCAAUGUUUCAACUCCAUUUGUACAAUCCUCAAAUCUAGUUCCUACUUCAACUAGUGGAUCAGAUAUGAUCAAAAUUAUCUACAAAGGGAGUGGUAUAAAAGGUUUGAGCCAACUGACUUUUGCAAAACUACCUUAUUUAGAACAUAUUGAUUUCAGUGAAAAUUUUAUUAGUGAAGUGCCAGCAACAGUUUUCCACAACUUGAUAUAUUUAAGAGUGCUCAAUCUGGCCGACAACAAAUUAAAAAAAUUGCCAUCUGAUCUACUAAAAACUCAAAAACGUUUAUCUGAACUGUAUCUUGCAAAAAAUUAUCUCAGUUCAACCAACUAUGAAGUUUAUUCCAACUGCAGCAUACUCAAGAUUCUGGACUUGUCUUACAAUGCCAUAUCAAAAUUACCCGAUGAAAUGAGUUUUAACCCAAGUUUAGUUGUACUCCUGCUAAAUAACAAUAGACUGAAAGAUAUCCCAGCAAGUAUCUUUUCAACUCUGAAGCAACUAGAAAUUCUCAAUCUAGCAAACAAUGAAAUCCAUAUAACAUCUGAUUUAUUUAGAAGACUCAAUGCUUUAGAAAAUUUAGACCUUCAAAACAAUGGUAUUGAAAAGCUGCCAAGGGACUGUUUUGAAGGGCUCGCAAAUUUACAAGUAUUGAAUUUAAGCAAAAACCCAAUUGACUCUGUAGACAGUGAUUUAUUAAAAACUAAUUCAGAUCUCAAGACUUUAGUAUUAAGCGAAACUUUGAUAUCGCAUAUAAGUGCAAGUCUCUUGGCAAGGCUAAAACGAUUACGAGUAUUAAACGCUAGUCAUAAUUACCGCCUAGGGACAAUUGAAGACUUUAAAUUUAGUUCGAGUAAUCACUUGCAGUACAUAGACCUCAGUUUUGGAAACUUGUCAGUGUUGCCAAUGUUUAUCUCACAUUUAGAAAUGGUGGAACAACUGAAACUUGAGGGUAAUUUAUGGAAAUGUGGCUGUAAAUCAAGAUGGUUUGUCGAGUGGUUAAGCAAUCACCAACAUGCAGUUAACAAAACUCUGACAUGUGACAAAGAGGAAAACAUGAUUGAAAAACUUAUAUCACUUAACUGCGAACCGCCACAUGCUGUAAAUGAAUCAUUAUCUCAGGUGCUAGAAUUCCGUUCAACUGUGAUCCUCACUUGUUCCUUUGAUGGGGAACCAGCACCUUCCAUAACAUGGGUCACUCCAUCUGGCUACAUCUUUCAUCAUUACCCUGACAAGAAUUCAAAUGAUAAUUCUUCAAGCCACCCUCGGAUACAUUUAUACGAUUUAGAACCUGUGGUGGAAUCGAGAGUGAAACUUCUCAACAAUGGGAGUUUAAAAAUACAAGAACUUCUGCGCCAAGAUGCUGGAAUCUAUACAUGUAUUGCUAUUAAUCCUGUUGGAAAUGCUACAUCACACAUUGUUGUUACACUUGACCGAAAGACAUUUUUUCACAUCAAAAUAAUGUGUAUUAUUGUUGGAGCAUCUGCUGUUCUAGCUGUCCUUCUAUGUACAGCUAUAGGACAACUUAUCCACUGGCUUUGUAAAAAAUGUGGACUGGUUGAAGAAAGAAGUAAACAGCUGAUGCAACAACGGGAAAACAUUGAGAUGUAUAAAUCACAGCAACUCAAGAGUUUACGAGAGAAUUAUACUCAACAGGUUCACAGGAUAAAAGAAAACUGUGCGCAGCAGGUGGAAUGGAUAAGGGACAGUUACCAGGGACAAGUCAAGCACAUCCGUGACUUCAAACACUACGGCUCCCAUCAGUUUUCAACAAUAAGAGACCAAUACUACGAUCAAAUGAAGAAGGUGAGGGACUAUUCAACAACUCAGUUGGGUUGGGUGCGAGAGAACUAUGUCUUCCAGAGAAAUCGAAUACAAAAGUUCGGUUCCCACCAAGUGCUACGCUUCCGUGAGUCUUACAAGUUUCAGCAGCAAACACUCAACAAGAUACUGGAGAACUUGCCGAGCCUGUAUCUGGAGAACUGUCGGGGAAGCUCCUGUGGGCGCUCUGAGUCUUCAGUGUUUGUGGAGAGUCAAGACAUAGCAGACCUUGCAGAUGUCCAUGACAUUGACAUCUAUGCUAAGACAAAACUAGAGGAGCUAACCAACCCUGCAGUUCUCGAUGAGGGACUUGACGAGCAGUCCAUCUACUACACUCCGUCCGAACUGUCUGAAAGCCCUGUUUCGCCCAUGAAGGAUUUGCUACUAAGGAAACGCCAGACAGAGUUCACACUGUCUCCUGGUGCAUACAGCCCGGAUAGUAACCCCUUCGACCAACCCAGCACCUCAUACUCGGCCAUUCCUUGGCUUCAGGACAGUCCGUGUCGGGUGUUCCACUGCUCCCAGUCUGGUAUUCAGUGUUCCCUGGGUGAUGAUGAGUUCCAAGUACCACGCACCCUUCAGUCCUCCACGAGUCUACCAGAGAUGCCUCAGUUGACUGACACCGACAGAAAUGUUACAGGGUCGGCCCCAGAUGGUUUUCAUGAAACAGCCCUCUAGUGCCAAACUUUCCAGUUGAGUCUUUUCUCAAAAUAUUUUCAAUGGCUGUGAUAAGUUUUGUUCCAAAAAAGUGAGUUGUGUCUUAAAAAUAAUACCCUAUUUUCAGAUUCUCUGGAAAUAAUUUCGUGAAAAUAUUUUUAGAGAACUGCUCAAGCAUGUUGCUUAUGUGUUAGUUGUUUUUUUUUUACCUGAUGCUUAAUUAAAUAUUUUGUAUGUGUUAAGGGCUUAAUAAUUUAAGUAGGCGUUAUUAUUUUAAUAAAUAAUGUAUUAUUAAAAGUUUAAGUUGCUCAAAUUUUCAUUUGCAAUGUCAAAAUUAAUACAUAAUGCCUUUGUGUAGAGGAAUUAUAUUAUUUCAAUUAAGCCACCUUUACCCGAAGUGCACCAUUUCAUAGUAUAAUUUUUAGAGUGGGUAAUGAGUCUACUUUUGUACUUUAACAUGCAACAUUUAGCUAUAGGUGUGGCCAGAGGGUUUACUGGUAAUUAGUGUAAAUUAAGCUGCUGCUGUAUUUACUUCUAUCUGUAAAAACUGUGCACCGAGGUCACUGUUUAUAUUAGUUUUACUCGAAUAGUUCGAUGAAUUGAAAUAGUAUCCAAUAAAUUAAUAACAAUAUUAUCUCAAACACCAUGAAUUUACAUGGGUAAGACUUUAUAUACUGUACAUUGUUGAUAGUUUCAAAAAUGUGUUGUCAUUGCAAUUAAUAAUAAAAUAUGUUAGCACAGUUUUCAAAACGUUUUAUAAUUACAGCCACAAAAAAAAUCUUGAACCAGUAGAACAUUCUUUGAAGCUCAUUAUUGAUGAUAGAUGAUUUAAAAAGGAUAAAAGGGCAUGUAACAAUGGCAAAUUACUGAAAACCUGAUCUUCACAGUUAACAAUAUUUAGACUAAAGUGUAAACUGUUUACACUAUCCUACUUUGUUUCAUGACACAAAAUCAAAAUCCUAUUUUGCCAUUAACUCUAUUAUAAUAAUACUUUAUAUAAUUAGUUUGAUUUUGCAUAGAAGAUGAAAAUGUAAAAGAAACGUAAAAUGAAUGAAUCAAAAUAUUACAAGAGAAACAUUACAUUUAAUUCUCAAGAUAAAGUUUUAUCAUUUUACUUUUGAUACAUUUCAACGGUAGUAUUUAUUGAACAUUUGAUAAUGUAAAAUUUAUUAAUUGAUCACUAUCUAUCUUUUUAAUUUCAUUUAAUGCAUAUUUUACAUUUUUAUGACAUUUAAUACAAAAAAUGAAAUUGGUUAUUUUUGUCAUACAGUUUUCAUUGUUAUUACAAAAUCAUUAACUAUAUUAUGCAGGUUUUUUAACCUGUGAAAGUUGUGUUUUCUAAUCCACACAACAUACAAUUUUUAAAUAAAUUAAUCAAAAAAACAACAGAAGAAAUUAUGAAUAGUAUUUGAUUGAUAAGUUAAACACAAUGUGCCUACAACAGUUGCAGGAUGGGGUUGCAAACACGGAAUGCAGUUGUAUUUUAUUCAGGUUAAAAAUGACAAUAAAUAGUGUGUCAUGAUUAUGUCUUAAGAAAUGUUUUCACUUAUUUCAUCACUAUAGUCUGUGUAUUUACAUUCUUUCUAAAAGAAAAAUACAAAAUGGGAUUUGAAAUUGAAUUUUAUUUUGACGCUUGUUUUACAGAUUCUUACUGUAUUCAUUUGCUGUUCUAACUAUUCUCUACAGUAUGGUCAGUUAAUAAAAGGGAGAAUUUAAAUAAAUAAUUACGAUUAUAACUUUCACAAAAUUUCUACAUUUAUGUCAAUGCCAUAACGUAUUUUCCAUGAACCCUUCAAAAUUUUCCACACACUAAAAUGUUGGAACACGUUUUAACCCUGUAAAUAGGUCCUAAGUGACUGAAUACGUGGCGGUGAGCUUGUUGUAGCUAAUAGUGGUUAUAAUUUUAUAUUCUGUUAACUUUUAUUACAAUAUGGAAUGAUAUGGUUUCUUGUAAUUCCUGUAGAUAGGAGCCAAACUUAAUUUAUGAUUAGUUCUGUAACAUUCUUAUAUGAAUAAGAACAGAGUAUUUAUAUCACCUGCAAAUGAGAAUAUAUAACUGUAAAUGUAAUUCUAAUACAUACAUAUUUGAAACUUAAUUAUUUUUUAUAGUACUCCAUUUAAAAUUGUCAGGUUUGUGCAAAAUAAAAAAGCCAUUAAACAAAUUUGUUUUUCAACUAAAUUUUACUGUUACAUUUACUUGUAUAUCAGAAUUAUUCUACAGUACAUUACCAGAAAAGGAAGUUAUAAGUUUAAAUUUUUAAAUCUCUGUUGGGGGGGGGGAGGAGAUUAUAUUUUUAGCAUUGUUUUAUUGUUGUUAAUUUUCCAUAUAGCACUCCCAUCUGGGCAUUAUAUGACAUUUUUAACUUGGCCUUUAAAUGGUUAAUAAUGUUGACUUUUGUUUGUGUAAAUUAUUUUAAAACAGUUUAAAUAUAAUUAGUAUACUCCUGUUAAAAUUUUUAAAAAGUAUUUGUUAUUUACAUAUUUAUAUUUAUAUAUUUUUUUUAUCUAAACAAAUUACACAUUGCAGCUAAUAAUAUACCAAUAUUUGCUCUGUUUAUAAGAAAAUUUUACAUAGUUGAAAAAAUAUUUUUCACAAAAUUUAAUUAAAAAAGCCAAACAAAUAAGCACCAACAUUCUGGGUAUUUUAACAGUGCAAUUUUUUUCUCCACUUCACAUAACAAGAGACAUGUUAAAACCUAAAGCCAAUAAUAAUGUAUUACAUAACUGUGCAUUACAGCAGUCUAAUAAAAUAAAAUGUUAGUUGUAAGAAACUAAUAUUGAUAUAUUGUAUGUUUAAAAAACCACUCUGUUAGGAUAUAAGUGUUAAUAGAUUAAAAAUAAUGCUUUUACACAGUUUUACUACCACAAAGGUGGAAUCAGAUCACAGUAGCAAAUUUAGAACAUUUUGUCAAUUGGACCACCAAAAAAGUAACAUUUAAUUAAAUUCUCAUGAUCUAAUUUGUUUCUGAAAUUUUACACAUAAAAAUAUCAGGUACCAUGCAUUAACCAUUUUCUUCCACUCAAUAGCAAUAAUAUUCAAAAUAAUCAUGCUUGGUUAUUGACCAAGUUUAAAAAUUCAAAUGUAUACCUCAAAUGUUUUUUUAAAUAAUCAAAAAAUUGAUGUGUUUAUAAAUAAACUCCAUGUAACAGAGUGGUUAUGUUGUUGUUAUGUUUUAUUAUGCAUUAACAACUAUUUAUUCAGCUAUGUAUUAUUUGUAGUUGAUUUAAUUCAUGUACUGUGUUAAGAAUAGAAAUUAUUGUAAUUGAAUUAUAAUAUAGAGUACUAAAUCACUCAGUUAUACACAAUCUGUUAUUUAUUUCCCAUAUAUAUCUAAUGUACUAAAAGAUUUUGGUAUAUUUUUAAAAUUGUAUAGUAAUUAUAUACAAAUAUUGGGUAAAUGUAGAAGUAACUUAGAUCUCUAAAUCUACAAGAAUUUGUGACCAUGAUAUUAGAGAGAAGAUUUUACAACACUGGCAUCUCUCAAACCAAAUUAUAUUAAACAAAUACCUACAUUAUCACACAUUUUCAAAGUUUAUUUGUGCGCGUUAUUUUGGAAGUGGCUAUUUUACAAAUUAAUAAUAAAUAUUAGAAUAUGAUUAAUGUAUGUUAUACAUUUAUCAUUAUUGCAACAGUGGCUUAUAAAAUAUAGAUGUUCUGUCCUGAUCACUUUCCAUACUAAUAUAAGGAACAUAGAACAUGUGUUUGUUCUGUUUCAUCAUAUUUUAUUUUUAAAUUACCUCACAUUCAAAAUGAUGUAGAGUUAUAUACUUAUUAAAUUAAAACAUAUUACAUAUUAUUAUAAAUUAUUACACUCAGUAAAAAAUGUAGAGGACAAACAGCUACAUUUAUUGUUAAUGAAUCAAAAUUUAGUCUUAAAAAGUAAAAAAAGGAAUCAGGUGGAUCCUAAUUACAUUUUACUCAAGUGUAUGUUUCUUAGGCAAUGUUUCAGGAACCUAAUAGAAAAACUCAGAUAAUUCAUAGAAAAACAUUUAUUCAAAAUAAACUACAUUCUUAUGAUACAUCACUUUGAUAGCACUUACACCUAUUUAUUGCACAAGCAUCAUAAAAAUGUAAAUAUGCAGUAUAUUGUAUAACCAAAACGCAUUUGAAAACAGUGCUCUUUCAGAAGCCAUUUUAAUUGGUUAUUUGUAUAGUGUCUUUGUUUUUAAAAUGAUCAAUUUCUUGUAAAAAAAGGAAAUGGUUUCUUCAUUACUAUUAGAAAAAUUGUUGUACAUGAGAUCAGAGUAAAAUUUAUUGAAGAUUUAUGAAGAGAUUUUAAACUGCUACUUAACUGUUACUGAUUUUCUGUAACUUACUCUUCUGUAACUUUCUGAUAAAACUUUUGGUAAAAACCAUAAAAAUAAUGCAUUUAAACAAUUUUGAAAAGAAGGAAAGCAUUGUUUUCAAAAGUCCGUUGAUAUAUGACAAUACAUAAUAUAUGAGAGUAAAAGAACAAGUCAAUUGUAAGAAUCACAAAAAAGUUGAUUAAAAAAAGCUGGAGGUUUUAGAAAUUAACCUUGAAACCAUCUGGGCACUACUUUUGGCUAAAGUUGAGAAUUAAACAUACUAAUUUGCACACACAACUCUUCCAAGUUAAGGAUUAGAUACAUAGUUCUCCCUCAUUAGCACUAAAAUAUACAAUAAGGACAAACUUAGUAUUACAAUUAUACUAAUUAUAUAAUCAAUUAUGGUGCUUUUUUACAUCCUACACAUAUUAAAAUAGAAAGAAUGAUUUAAUUAAUUUAAUUUACAACUUAUCAACACAGAGUCAACAAUAAUUUUACUCUUUUAUUUCCUAAACUUUAGCAAGCUUUGUGCAAUUACAUUUUCACAUAUCGCUGUCAGAGCAAAUUCCUCAUUCCUCUUAAGAUUUUUAUUUUUAUUUACUAGAAUUAUGACUUACGCAUAACAAUGGAAACUAAUUUUCAGUCGCUGGUAGACUGAUAUAUUUUUAUAAGAAUCCAUUAAAACAAAGUAUGUAACUAGUUAGCAUAACAACGUAUAAUAGGCUACAAUAAUUGGUUAUUUUAAUGUUGGAUGUUGUUUCUAUUGUUAUUUCUUUGAAUAAAUAAAUCCCCUCUAUUGCUAUUGAA